AUGGCUCAAUUCGACCCUAACCUCCACCUCCGCUCCCUCGAGGAGCUCGAAGCUGUCAUUCUUCCCCGACAGAACGGCUGUCUCAAGUGCGAAGACAAGGCGCCAUCAUGUCCUACCAACUGCAAAGACGAUGAAUUCUGUUCCUUCACCAUCCCGACAUGUAACCAAUGCGCUCAAGCAAUCUGCGCCAAGGACGACAGCAAAUCCAGCUCCUCAUCAAGCAGUGGCCCUAACACGGGCGCCAUCGUUGGUGGUGUGAUUGGUGGUCUGGCAGUCAUCGCCAUCGUUACUUACCUGGUAUGGCGUUUCUUCAUCAAGACUAAGCGCCAGUCUAUCAUCCAAGAGUCCUACAUCGAGGACAUCCACGAGAAGACAAUCAACGAAAAGCUGGAGCCGCCCCGCGCGACCAACCGCGAUUCCACACACACCGUCCACUCGAUUGCGUCAACAGUACUCACCCGUGCUUCAAACAUAAUUCAAAUCGCCUACAUCCCGGGUGUCACGAACCGAGCCACUCCCACAUCACCGACUCUCCUCGUUCCUCCCGUCCCGCCUAUCCCGAUGCACGCCUCCAACUCCGCCGCCAGCAGCCCGUCCCCCUACGAGGAACCUCACUUCUUUGUUCCCGGCGAGCUCCGCGAUUCUACCUAUUCCGGCAUCUCUGGCUACUCCGACAGAACCUCCGUCGCGAGAACCUCAUACGCACCCCGUUCCAGCAUCGCUCCCAGCAUUGCGUCAACUAUUUACGGCAAGAACGCCGUUGUUGUGGCACCCGCUCAGACUGGAAUGCGCGCCAAGGCUGCAGUAGUCAGCGUCAAGUCUUUGGGCGUUGGCACUAGCGGCAGCAGCACUCCUCCGGUUCCGAGCGUCGACUACGAAAAGUACAACCCCCGUCCCAAGAGCCGUGACAGCACCUUCAGCGUGGGAUCUACUUUCUUGAACAACGCAACUACCGCCACUGCCGCUCCUGUACAAAGAGUGCAAGUUGUACGUGUGGGAAGCGGCAACGGUCCCAAGCAAGUCAGUGUCGGAUCCUCCAAGGCGUCGUCAGCAGACGAGGCCUCAGUACCGGGCACUCCACCACCACCUUCCGCUGGCCGUGACUCCACUGCUGUGACGGUCAUUGAGGAGGUGGAGAGCCCAACAGGGACCGAAGGCCCCUUCUCUGACCCUCCUGAACCCAAGCCCGCCGCCAUCCGCAGCACUCACAGCCUGAGUGCGGUGAUUGAGGAGGCGACGAGGCGAGCAGCUGCAGGCCCCGACAGACGGUCCACAAGGACAAGCUCUCACGAGCGGGGCCGCAGUCCCUUCGGUGACGAACACGCCACCAAGGACAACUAA